UCGGAGCGCGGCGGGCGAUGAACUGCAGCGAAAGCCGGCGGCUGCAGCGCCUGCUCGGCCGGCUCUGGCGGGAGCUGCGCGGCGGCCCGGCGCCUUCCAACGGCUCUUCCCUGGCGCUGGAGCCGCCGGGCGCGGGCGCCCCCGCCAAGCGCGCCGAGGACGACGCCUACCUGUACAUCCUGCUGAUCAUGAUCUUCUACGGCUGCCUGGCCGGGGGGCUGAUCCUGGCCUACACGCGCUCCAGGAAGCUCGAGUCCAAGCACGACCCCUACCACCUCUACAUCGAGCGCGACUGGGCGGCCCCGCCCGGCCAGGCGGCCCCCCGCGAGAGGCACAGCAGCGCCGACAGUGAGCGCCCCUGAGCGCCCAGCGCGCCGGGGCCCCGCAGGAACGGGUGGCGCGGCGAGGCUGACCCCCGGGCAGGGCAACGAGGGGAUCGCAGCCUCCACUGGACUCCCCGGGAAGGCGACCCGGCACGGCGGACCCCGUCGCGUGUUGGGCAUGCUUUUGUUGCGCCGGAGUCGCCGCUUCUCGCAGCCGAGUCUAAAGCUCCUGCCCGGUCACGGCGUUUCCCCAGCGGCCGUCCAGUUUUCUCUUUUGUCCCUCCUGCAGGGCAGCGAGAUUUGUUUUUAAAAUUGCUUUCCCAAUGACCUUCGGCUGCAAACGCAGAAACGCUUCAAGCCCAGAAAGUUGGUCCCCUGGAGGGAGCGGGACGGGCCGGGCCUUGCCCGCAGAGCACGGGCGCUCGGCUGCAGCCACCGAGACAAAAGGAGCAGCGCACGUGGCGGCCCCCGGGCAGGCCGGGCCUGAGAACCCAGCGAAUCCAGAAUCCAGCUUUCUGCCCCUUCCCAGAAAGCAAACCUCGAUCUUGCUUUUUCUUUCCUAAACCAUAAACCGGUCUGCGAUACUUGGGACUUCCCUUAACCUGAUAGAGCAUUUCAUCCCCUUUUUAAGGCGAACUGGUUCCGGAGAUAGAAACAAACCCAAAGGCAGUGUUUGCUGCAAGAACCAACCACCAACCGGUAGGUCCCAAGCGGUUCUGGAGUUGCUGCCCAUCGAGUUUCAGAACUGCAGUCAGGGAAAGGAAGAUGCAGGGGAGAAGGCAAUGAGCCCACCGGCCCUGGAUGUUGGGACCCCAGUGACAGCAGAGCAGAGAAGGACGCUGUUCACAGAACUCGGCUCUCUUCUCCAGGAACCUCCCUUGCUCUCCUCCAGGGCCAGCUGAGUUAACAUCCCCAGAAGAGCCCUGCAGGAGCCCAUGCAAGGCCAGUCAGAUGUGAAUUUAUACAGCAAAAUGUUAUUUACACCAGCAGCCUGAAAGAAGUAAAUCCAUUAAAUGCCACAAUUUCUUAGGAUCAAACAAAAUGCACCACUGGUAGAUCUGUGAAUGGGAUCUUUCUGGUAGUUUUUAGAAGGUACAUAGCUGUGGGGUAGGGGUCCAAUUCAAAUGGGGUUUUAAACCUGCCUCACAGGUGGUUUUGCCAAACAAAAUGGCUGGUUCCUCUGUGCUGUUGCGUAGAUUUGCUUGAGGCGGGAACAGAAAGUGUUCCCAGAUAAGAAAAAUAAGGGGGUCAAGAAAGGGUUUAACAGCUUACUAGGCUAAUUAAGAGGUGGGUUAGUGGAUCAGCAAAUGGCAUCAAGUGGCAUUUAACCCUCAGAUGCUGAAAAUACUUGGCUUGUCUAACAGCCACCAAAUCUGAACUACAGGAGAUGCCACCCACACAGCUGCUCACAUUCACACGUACCAGUGGGGGGAAAGGAGGCUCCAGAAGUGCUUCUGCCAUGCAGUCCUGAACACUUUGUUACAUAGUGUUUGUGUGACUUGAAAGUCUUCCAAAGGGCUAACAGAAACUAGCAAAAUAAACAUUAAAUCCAGAUUAGCAGCAGUAAAAUCGAAUGGACAGCUUUGAAGACGUAAAACAGAGACAUGGAGCAAAAACUGUGGCAAAAUAACAAUGGAAAGAGAGCAGAGGCAAGAGGUGGCAAACAAGAAAGACAGCCAGGACCACCAUUAAGCCCUUUAAAGCGUUGAUGAAUCUAGGCUUAAAUGCUAAAUGCAAGGCUCUGUUCAAAAGACCUGCUGCUCACACUGCAGCCUCACUAAGCGCAAACACCCCUGCCAAAUGUUCGCACUUUGAGAGAAAAAGCUUCCAUCCCUAGGUUUUGAAUAUAUGUAUCUCACAAUAUUAAUUCAAGCAAAAGUCAGUAAGAGAAAACUGAGCAACUGUAUAAUCAAGUCUGUAACUCUUCCACUACCUCUAAAAUUAUUUUUUUUCACCUAUCAGUUUUCUUCCUUUGUAUGCAGGAAGUUACAAUCCAAAUUGUGGUGGCCUAGCCCAGGUUAAACCUUUCCUUUUAACUAUAAGAGACAGGGACUCAGGACUGCCUGGAACAGCUUCAGUGGCAGGUUGGAGCUACCCCUCAAUAGGGCCAAGCCCCAGACACUGACCUGGGAGUGCAGCGUGUUGCAGGUUAUAUAGGGUACGGUACUCUUGGUGGAACAGAGGAAAGAGCACACUGCUUGGGCAGGUGGAAUUUAACAGAAAUGCCAGUGACCAGAUCAUGGUUCUUGGGGACUUCUCUUGCUCACCCUUCUGGAUUUCAUCCGUGUGGAAAUGAAGAUGGAUCAACUUGCAUAAUUUUUGCCUGGUUGAAGUCCUGAUUUGAUGAGCUCAGCAAACUGGGCAAGCUGUGAGGGUUGAGUGCAUGCCAUUUUCUCCUUUUAAGUGAUUGGAUGGUUUUAAUGGAAUUGCAUUGUAUUUCUAUGUGUGAGGUAUGUGGGUGCAUAGAGGGUGAAAGGAGAGAAUAAACUGAAAGAACACA